UCUGUAUCCUGACCCGGAAGUAAUGCUAGCAGUGUUAGUGGCGUGAAAUAGGAACUGUGUUCGUGCCAUAUUAAUGUUUGACAGUUCCGAACUGUAGCGGUAGAUGUAUCCAUGAUGCCGCAUCAACUGUUAUACUGAAAGUGUUAGCAGGAAUCUGACAGUGGAGACAUGGUGGGCUACGACCCCCGGGCUCAGGGCUCAGCUCUCUCCCCAGAGGAGGCCGCCCUGGCUGGGUCAGCUGCUGGGAUGGUCACCCGGGCCCUCAUCAGCCCCUUGGACGUGCUCAAGAUCAGAUUUCAGCUUCAGAUUGAGCAUGUGUCUUCCCCCAUGGGGAAGUACCGGGGAUUAUUUCAAGCGACCCGCUGCAUUUACUCAGAGGAGGGGGUCUCUGCGUUCUGGAAGGGCCACGUCCCUGCUCAGCUCCUCUCCAUCUGCUUCGGAGCCGUGCAGUUUGCCAGUUUUGAGCUUCUGACGGAGGCGGUCCACAACUCGACGCUGUAUGACAGCCAGACGGCAGGAGUUCACUUCCUGUGCGGGGGUCUUGCUGCCUGCUCUGCCACAGUGGUCUGCCAGCCUCUGGACAUACUGCGCACACGCUUUGCAGCUCAGGGACAAACCAAGGUGUACAGGAACCUGCGUCACGCUGUGUUCACCAUGUGGCGCUCAGAGGGAGUGCUGUCAUUUUACCGCGGACUAUCUCCAACACUGCUGGCGGUGUUUCCGUACGCAGGGCUGCAGUUCUUCUUCUUCAAUGUCUUUAAGAAACUGUUGCCUCCUCCAACCACAGCUGGAGACUCAGCAGGGAAGGGACUCCUGGGAAGCCUGGUCUGUGGGAGUGGAGCUGGAAUGAUUAGCAAAACCCUCACAUACCCAUUUGACCUCUUCAAGAAGAGACUGCAGGUGGGCGGCUUUGAAGCAGCCAGAGUGCACUUUGGACAGGUGCGCAGUUACAGAGGCCUGGUGGACUGCGCGGUGCAAAUAGGCAAAGAUGAGGGUGUCCGAGGCUUCUUCAAAGGCCUCUCUCCGAGCCUGGUGAAGGCCGCGCUGUCUACAGGCUUCACCUUUUUCUGGUAUGAAGUUUUCCUCAUCGCCAUGCACAGCCUCAAACAGAGACAGAGAACAAACGGCUCCCCCAUAGGCCUCGAGGAAAGAUAGUGACAGGAGAGACGGCUCAAUCCCGCACAUCAGAACACAUCACACAUCCUUCUUCAUUCUCACUUCAAAUAUUUAUUAACUGGGUCGGUUUUCAGUGGUGGUUUACAUCUCAUUUAUUUAUUUCUGUGCUGUCAUUACAGCGUGGGAUGUACAAACAUUGUUUUUUUUUUAUAUGUAUUUCAUAUUUGACAGGGGUUCUGAGGGGUAUGGACACUUUCUUUUAGAUAUAUAUAUCGUUAUAACAUUUUCUUGUCAAAGUGCUCAUUUUAAUGACGUUAACUCAUUACAUUGCAAAUGGGGUGUUCACCAACAUUGUUUUGAUAGUGUUUUCAUGUGUAAUAUUUAUUUUAUUAUGCACUUAUUAUGUGUUAAGCAGACACCCUGUGGACUGCUAAUCAAGAGUUCAGUUUGUUUGUCCUGCUGAGUUAAACUCCUCAAAGCUGUUAUCUCUGUAUGUCUAUGUCCAGAAUUAUUUUUCUAAUUAAAGUUUUUCAUAAAAUCUGA